GUUGUGAUUACACUACUGUUCUGAUUUUCUGUGUACUUACAUCUUUUCUCUCGAAGGAGCUACAUGAUUGAAGAUCAAGGCGCAAGGAAGGAGCGUCAAAGAAAUGGAGGAACUUAAACUGCUUUUACUGCGUGUGUUUUAGGGCAGCUAUAUUUUCUUGUAAAUUUCUUGCAUUGUAAUACAGCGUCUCAACAUGAGCACAGUUUCACCAGCUUAUCUCGAAGAAAUAUGCCUGAGCUUUAUCAGUGCUAACAUUGAAGAUUUAUGCCACAGAGAUGUUGAAGAUGUCCAGUAUGGCGAGGUUUCUUUUCAAAAACUUAGUUUCAUUUCUCCGUUAUUUCUCCACGAACAACUGGCAGACAAUAUUAUGAGAUGUCUCUCGUGUGAUGGAAACCUGACAGAUAGGACUGCAUCUUUAUUUGUUGAUCCGCGGAGAUGUAGAAUCAGACAUUUCUAUCUCAGGAAAUGUCAGCUGAGUUUUUCAAUGCUGAAACUACUCCUUGGAAAACACACUGUCGAGAAACUAGACUUAUCUGGAACAAAAACGUUCUCCUCGUCUUUAUUUUAUAAACUGUUGAAUGGAAUGUCAUCGACAGUAAGGGAGUUAAAUUUGAGUUGCACACCAUUUGCCUUGGACUUUGCUGCCAUGAAGCCACUGAAUCGUUUGACCCAUUUGGAUGUGAGCCAUUGCACUACUAUAGACGACCACGUGAUGUCGGUUGCUGCUCAGAAUAUGGAUUGUUUACAACACAUUAAUAUCUCGAACACUGCGAUAAGACACGUCUCUUCAUUUGGGAAUCUAAGAGGUCGACUGAAAACAUUAAUCGCUUUUAACACACCAGUAGCAUGGACAAGACCUGCUGAGUUUAAGGACUUUACAUCAUUACAGAAGCUUGAUAUUUCAAGAAGUUCUGAUAAUGAUUUUCACCACGAUGGGACAAACGAGUCUGUGAAAUUUGAUGAAAUGCUUACAGACCAAUGCAUGAUGCCAAACCUGGUCUCUCUGGAUGUUUCAGGUGUUUCCACAAUAACAGCAGGUGCUAUGCAGUCAUUUCUUAGUUCUCAUCCUAACCUUCAGUUCCUCGGUCUUUGCUUGAUGUCACGGAAUUUACAAGAACAACUGGAAAGAUUUUCUCCUCUUAUUAAGGUAGAAGUAUCAUUAUAAUAUAAUAAACUAAUGAUAUGAAACAGUGAAAAAAUUUCAUUGUUUUGAACCAGAAUGGUGAGAAUCUUUAAAGUUUGUUGGAGAUAUUUUGCAAUUUUCUUAAAAAUAUGCCUUCAGAGUUCCAUAUUGUUGAGAGACUCAAAUGUAAAGUCUAUACUCAAACCUAGUGGCCCAUCUUGCUGCAGCUCACACCCCUGUUUAUUUAGCAUUAAGUGACUCAGAGGGUUGCUCUACUCCCUCUCUGGAUAGGAUCCCAGUCUAUCACAAGAUUACCCCCAAUAAUCAUCAGUUUCUUCAAAAAGUGUUGUACCAGAGUUAGUUACAUUACACUUAUAUGCAGUAAGAACUGAUAUUGCUGCUAACAUAAGGGAUAUGUGACUUGGCUACGUGAUACUUAGUGUAAUUUUCUGAAAUCUUUUCAUCCAUCAACUACAUUAUAAAAGUCAAAAAUCAAAUUAAAUGUGGCUUAUCUUUCAUCAGAUUACAGGUGAAACUACUGAGAAACAGAUCCUUUGUUCAUUGCAAAUGUACCCAGACAGAGCUAAUUACAUGAGAGAAGCUUUGAGUGGACUGUUUCGCAUCAGUAACGAUUGGACAGCAAGAAAACCACAAGUUCUCGAGGUAGACAAUGAAAUGGCUCAGUCAAUUAACUUAAGGUUCACUAGGGUCCUUUGAGCUCCAAGAGUGAUCAUUGUAUACAGAAAAAAAUUUUGAACCUAUAAUUAUUAUUUUGAACCAUGGUUUUGUGAUUUAUGAUGGCAGCAAUGUGAAUAUUUAACCUGACUGACUUAACAACCACAAGCAGGUUUUUCAUUAAGUUUAGAAAUUACAAAAUUUGCGUAACCUGCAGUGCAGAAUUCUCCAACUACAGUUCAAAGGCCUAGGGAAUUUUGUUUUCAUUUCCUACUACUGCAUUUAAUUCUCAUGAAAACCCUGCAGAAGUGAAAAAAAUUCAUUCAACAAUGUUGUCUCUUAACAAUUUUCUUUAUAAAAGGGGAAACUCUUACCUAUAUGAUGCUUUGAAAACCUUAGGAUUUAAAAUUAGUUUAAUUUGUUAAUUCCAUUUGUACAGCUUGUUCUUACUCCAAUGGAAAAACAUCCAGGUGAUCUCAAUGUUCAAAUAGCAGCUACGUAAGUUAAUAAAAGAUUCAAAGAUUCUUGAAAAGUUAUGAUAAUCAUUCAAAUUGAAACAAUUUUGUUUAUUAAAAUGAAAAAAUUUUCUAAAAAAUUUGAUUAUUUUCAAAUCAAAGGUUUGAUUAUAGAGUGAAUGAUCUUUUGAAUUCAGGGCUUGUGUAGGUAACAUUAUCAAAGAAAGAGGAGGAGAAGCAGACCCAGAAGUGCAUCCUAGUUUCUUAAGGUAAUAAAACUUAUUACUGGAUACAUGAUUAAAUAUGGUUAACACACUUCCGAAAUAGUAUUAGAUGGCUGGUGUUGUUGUGUAAACAGAAGAUAGCAGUAGUAUUCUGUGCAACCAGGUGGUCGCCAUGGCAAUCAAGCCACAGCCCUCCUUUAAGCACCUGUCACCUGUCAACACAACACAAAAAAACCCAGUAUGUGAAAUGGUUGGAAACUAAAAAUGUGGAAGUUAAGGUGGGGUGGGGAGUGCAAACCCUCCAUGUCCCCCUCCCUCCAACAUGUUUGUUAAACCACUGUCUUAUUCAUCUAAGGUAGAGAGGUGGUAAUUUUCACUUUAAAUAUGUUACUUGAUAUGUUAAAAGUGAACAAUUAUAGUCAGAAUCCUUUCAAGUUAACAUGCACUUUGUGCAAGUUAUGCCUCUAACUCCCUUACUCAGGUGACAGAAUUAUUCAGUGUGAUUAUCUUUAGUUGUCUUCUGUUUGAUUUUUCAGUAAAGUUGCAUCUUUGGUUCUGUCAGAAAUGAGAAUCUUUCGAAAAAAGCAUGAGGUAAGAAUUCAUUUUAUUUAUGAUAAAUGAAUCAAGACAAACAGUUAUGUAAUCUAUCAUCAAAGACUCUCUAUUAUGUUUUGAUUCUGCUUGAUGUUAUAAAAAAAGGACAGAGGAACAAUGAAACAUCAGAAAAUAACCAGGGCAGAAUUAAUGUAUUCAUCGACUGAGCACAAGGAACAGACAGGAAAUUCUUACACAGCCUCAUGCCAAUAUUUUCCAGGUUUGCCUAAUCUGAUUCAAUCACUCAGUGUUUGUCAAAAGCACUGCCCCUUUUUCUUUCUUUCCAUAGCUUAUGUGGAAUUGUAUGUCAAUUUUGGGGUCAAAACAAGUUGUCACAAAAGCAGUAAGUAGAAAUGAUUCAAAUAUUGUAAAUUAUCUCCAGUGCAUUGAAGGAAUAGUGGCUCUAGAAUAUGGGCUGAAAAUUUGGGGCAGUAUAACUGUCAAGAGAUGUAUGUUGUCAAAUAGAGUUGGAAACAAAUAACUUGAUUUUACUUUGCAGACAUUCAACUAUUUUGAAGCAUCAUGCUUGGCUAUGAAUGCUCUGAGCAAUUUCCGCCAUAACCAGGAUGUUUGUCAGCAGGCUAUAGAGCUAUGUGCCAAACUGUGUCUCAAGGUAUCAUGGUAUAGUAGACAAAUACUAAAAAAAUUGCACUUUUAGAUAGAUUCUUGGCUCAAUUUGACACUCAAAUAUUGGAAAAGCAGGAGAAGCACUCAUUAUUCAUAAUGUCUGCAGUUACUAAUUCAAGGGGAAAUGCCAAUAAAAGUUUGGAUCAAUGCCAGAAUCUGAGCAAUUACACAACUACCCCUCCUCUAACCCAACAUUAACUUGACUUGUCAUCAGUUGGCUGUUGGUGGUUAGGGGAGGGGUAGGUGUGUAAUUGCUUAGAUACUGACAUUGACCCAAAAUUUCAUUAGCAUUUCCCCUUGAAUUAUAGUAACUGCAAACAUUUUGAAUAAUGAGUGCUUCUCCUGCACUUCCUCCUUUCCACCCCCCCUCUCUCUCUUUCUUUCUUUUUAUUGUUAAGUUUCCCUGUUCUCUCAAUCAGUUAACUCUUUCAUUCUUAGAAGUGAUUAACUUCUUCCCAUAAUAUCCAUUCAUUAUCCAGCAAACAGAUAACGAGAGCACUCAAACGUAUCUGGUAGAAGUUAUUUAUAUUGAUCUAGCACCAAAUUCCUGCAUCUAAUUAACAAGAAAAAGGGGAAGCAGCCAAAGGGGAGAAUUAACAAUCACAUCUUUGAGUCUGCAAAGACAUGCAUGUCUAGACAAUUUUUUUAAUUACUAAAGCUAUAUAUUAACUUGAGUGGUUCUCAGCUAUAAUUUGAAGUAGGCAUCUUUGUUAGUAAUUAAAAGCUUUUCUAAUUCCACACCUGUGCAGCUGACUGAGCGAGAAAAACUUGCUUUUGGCUCAAGGAAAAACAUUAGGGUAAGAGACAUAACAUAUUAAUCAAUAAAAAUCAAUUCUAAAUUCAUUUAGUUAGUGAUUGUUAUUAAUCAAAGCAGCAUUUUUGGCAUGAUAAUAAGGUAUUUAAAUAUCUCAAGUUGUGGUUGAUUAAAUUACAGUUCAAAGGCCAAAAGAAUUUUGUUUUCAUUCCUAUUCUUAUGAAAACCCUGCAGAAGUGAAAAAAGUUCAUUUGAAAUUGUUGUUUCUAAAUAAUAUUUUUCCUUGUCAAAGGAAAAACAUUUGUCUAUAUGAUGUUUUGAAAGCCUUAGGGUUUUAAACUAAUCUAAUUCUUUUUAAUUCCAUUUGCACAGCUUGUUCUCACUCAAAUGGAAAAACAUCCGAAUGAUUUCAACAUUCAAAGAGCAGCUAUGUAAGUUAUAAUAUCCAUGAAGAUUGAUAAUAUUCAUUAACGUUUAUAGUUAGGAUAAUUAUUCAAAAUAAAACAAUAUUGUUUUUUAUAAAAACAAAUUUAAAAACAUUUUGAUUAUUAUUUUUAAAACAAAGUUUUGACCCUAUUAUAUAAACAUUACAGUUUAUUAACAUGUUUUGGAUGUUCUUUCGAAUUCAGAUUUUGUGUAGGUAACAUUAUUAUGGCAAGAGGAGGAGAAGCAGACCUAGAAGUGCAUCCUCUUUUCUUAAGGUAAAUUCUCACUGAAUACAUGAUUAAGUAUGUUUGAAAUACUUCCAAAGUGGUAUUGGAGGGCUGGUGUUGUCAAGCAACAAAACAUAGCAACAGCUGUCCUUGCUACCAGGUGGUCACCCUGGCAAUCAAGCUACAGCCCACCUUUACGCACCUAUCAACACAACACAAAAAAUACCAGUGUGUUAAAUGGUUACUUACUCAAAAGUUGGCAGUUGGGUGGGGGUGGGAAAGGAAGGGGAGAAGUGCAAACCUUCCAUGCCCCCCUGCUACAUCUCAUUGGUUAAACCACUGCCUUGACAACCUGAGGUAGAAAAGUGGUUAAUUUUCACUUAUUUUAUUUGAGUAGUUAAAAGUUAAUAUUUAGUCAGAAUCUUUUUAAGUUAACCUGCUGUUUGUGCAAGUUAUGCCCCUAACUUGCUUACUCUGAUGACAGAAUGAUUCAAUGUGAUUAUCUUUAGUUAUCUUCUGAUUGCCUUUUCAGAAAACUUGCAUCUUUGGUUCUAUCAGCAAUAAAAACCUUUCCAGAAAAGCAUCUGGUAAGAAUUUGCAUUAUUCGUGAUAAAUGAAUCAAGGAAAACAGUAAUCUACCAUCAUAGACUCUCUAUUGUGUUUUGAUUCUGCUUGAAUUGAUAUCUUAUGAUAAAAUGACAGAACAAUGAAACAUUAGAAAAUAAUCAGAGCAGGAUUAAUGUAAUCAUUGACUGAGCACAAGGAACAGACAGGAAAUUCUUACAUAGCCUCAUGCUAAUAUUUUCCAGGUCUGCCUAAUCUUACUCAAUCACUCAGUGUUUGUCAUGAUCACCGCCCCUUUUUCUUUAUUUCCAUAGCUUUUUUGGUGUAUUCCAAUUUUGGGGUCAAACCAAGUUUUCACAAAAGCAGUAAGUAGAAAUGAUUCAAAUAUUGUAAAUUAUCUCCAGUGCAUUGAAGGAAUAGUGGCUCUAGAAUAUGGGCUGAAAAUUUGGCGCAGUAUGUCACUGUAAGAGAUGUAUGUCACAAAAUAGAAUUGGAAACAAAUAACUUGAUUUUAAUUUGCAGGCAUUCAACUAUUUUGAAGCAUCAUGCUUGGCUAUGGAUGCUCUGUGCAAUUUCCACAGUAACCAGGAUGUUUGUCAGCGGACUAUAGAGCUAUGUGCCAAACUGUGUCUCAAGGUAUCAUGGUAUAGUAGACAAAUACUAAAAAAAUUGCACUUUUAGAUAGAUUCUUGGCUCAAUUUGACACUCAAAUAUUGGAAAAGCAGGAGAAGCACUCAUUAUUCAUAAUGUCUGCAGUUACUAAUUCAAGGGGAAAUGCUAAUAAAAGUUUGGAUCAUGUCAGAAUCUGAGCAAUUACACAACUAAACCCUCCUCUAACCCAACAUUAACUUGACUUGUCAUCAGUUGGCUGUUGGUGGUUAGGGGAGGGAUAGGUGUGUAAUUGCUCAGAUAUUGACAUUGACCCAAAAUUUCAUUAGCAUUUCCCCUUGAAUUUGUACCUGCAGACAUUUUGAAUAAUAAUUGCUCCUCCUGCUUGAAUAUGCACUUCCCCCUUCCCCCACCCCCAGGUAAAAAUAUAAGGUGGGAUCCUGCCAAUCCCACCUGGGAUCUCAGGUGUGUCCCAGGUGGGAUCCCGCCUUUUUCAGGUGGGAUCCCGGGUGGGAUUAGGGACUUGUCAGAAAUUAGCAGGGGGGGAGGGGGGGUGGGAAUUUUAAAUUUGGGUUCGGAAAUUAGGUGACCCAUCCCUGCAAUGGGAGUGAAAUUUGCUAACCCUCCCCUUGAGCUUGGCCUAAAAUAUCAUGACCCUCCCCCUCUUGUAUAAAUGAUAAAAUCUGAUGAUCAAGAUUCUCACAGCAGCAUUGAUGGUGAUGCUGAAGAGAGUGAUGAAUAGGAUAGCCAGAACUCUACUAACAUUAUUAAUAACAACAUUAUUCAUAAUUUCAAUAAGACUAUAUAGCAUUGUUAUAAAUGAAAAGUACAUGUUUGUUAAAUUCUUGCUAUAGUACUUCACAGUUUAUAUCCAUAACGUUCCAUAAACCAUUGUAUUUUUCUCUUUUUUUUGCCAAAUAAAGAACUUCCUUUUUCUUCUGUGGGUGAACCUCUACAUAACAUGGGCACAUAUUUGCAUGACCCUCCCCCUUUUAACUGCCCAUUUUUCAUGACCCCUCCCUUUUCUGAAGUUGUGACCCCCCCUCUGUUUCCACCCCCCCUCCCCCCCUGCUAAUUUCUGACAAGUCCCUUAUGAAACAUCCCGCAUGGGAUCCCACCUGGGAUUAUGGAACAUCCCGCAUGGGAUCCCACCUGGGAUUAUGGAACAUCCCGCAUGGGAUCCCACCUGGGAUUAUGGAACACCCUGCAUGGGAUCCCACUUGGGAUUAUGGAACAUCCCGCAUGGGAUCCCAUCUGGGAUUAUGGAACAUCCCGCAUGGGAUCCCACCUGGGAUUAUGGAACAUCCCACAUGGGAUCCCACCUGGGAUUAUGGAACAUCCUGCAUGGGAUCCCACAUGGGAUCCCGCCAAUUGAAGUUGGGAUCCUGCCUUAAAUUCCUAAUAGCAUCCCACCUGGGAAAGCACAUCCCGGGUGGGAUAAACCUAGAAUCCCACCAAUCCCUCUUGGGAUCCUGCCUCAAAUUUCAGAUAGUUUCCCACCUGGGAAAUCAUAUCCCAGGCGGGAUUGCAUCUGGGAUCCUGCCAAUCCCAGUUUAGACCCUGCAUAAAAUUACAGAUGGCUUCCCACUUUCAGAAAAUCCUUUAAGGGAUCCUGUUUAUCACUGGAGACCACAGAUUUAUGAAAUGUACCAGAUAGGAUAUCUUAAAAUUAAAAGGAUAAAAUUUUCUAGGUGAGCUAUAGACCCCAUCAAUCCACUGAGGGUCCAAAACUUUUCAACUAGCUAUAGAACAUACUGACACCUCCAAUGGGAUCCCAUUGUCUUACCAAACUGUUGAUCAUAAAUGAUUCAAACAGUACAUGAAUACACAGACUAUAUGUGAUAAAGAUCUCAUAAUUUAUUUGCAAUGAACCAGCAUGUGUUUGACUUGUUUCAUUAACAAAUUUCUUAACCGAACAUUCUUAAAGAAUAACAGCACAAUCAUUUAAUCUUCAUCAUUUAAGCAGACCAUCUACAGUGUAAUAAGGCUCAACGUUUAAAAAAAUUGGCUGUUGUGUAUCAAAGAAUAAAAGAAAGACAAAACCCCUAUAAUUCAUGUCAUCAAAAUUUUGACAAAGGUACUGAUUGAAAGUCUGCUCUCUCUUCAGUCGAAUUUUUCAAAGCAAAGCAAGGUCAGAAUGUUCCCAAAUGUGACUAAAGUAAUCUUGAAACCUUACUCAUAGAUUUAUUUCAUUGUAAAGUGUAAGCUUAGGAAACCGCAGCAUGCAAGUGACCAAUUCGAUUCUCAGAAUUAUUUGAGUUUCAGUUGCGCUGAGCGUUAGGUAAGCUUAAUUCAAGCCGUUAUUUCUAUUCCUUGAUAAGAUUUUGAUCACGUAACGAAUAUGGCAAUUUGUACUCACCACAAACUUCUAAAAAUCCUAGCUUUAAAUGGCCACUCGAUCGUUGUUUGAACCAGUCGAUAUGUCAACUGUUAAUUGUCCCUUUUUUUAAGUUCACGGCGCCAACGACUUUCUUUUCAUUUAAAACACUCACGCUGUUCUCGUUUUCCCAUUAAACCGCAAUAAAACCAAUCUUUAGAAGUGCUAUAUUAAGCAAAACAGUUGGGAAAAGAAACAACUUGAAGCAAGAGCGGUUAACCGAUGAAAAGUACAUUCAAAGAUGAGCGCCAAAUGGAGUUUUCUUUGUUUCCGAUCACGGGCAUGAUCACGUAGACCUUUUAAUCCUGCAUUAAAUGUGGGAUCCCAGGUGGGAUCAAAUUUUCAUCCCAGGUGGGAAAGGUGGGAUCCCACCACCUAAGGCGGGAUCCCGCCAUUCCCACCUGGGAUCCUGGGUGGGAUUGCCGGGAUCCUGCCUAUAUCCUGCCUGACAUUUUACCUGGGGGCCCCCUCACUCUCUCUCUUAUUGUUAAGUUACCUUGUUCGCUGAAUUAGUAAACUCUUUCAUUCUCAGAAGUGAUUCUCAUAUAACUUCUUCCUAUAAUAUCCAUACAUUACCCAGCAAACAGAUGACGAGAGUGCUCAAACUUAUCUGGUAGAAGUUAUUUAUAUUGAUCUAACACCAAAUUCCUGCAUCUAAUUUUCAAGGAAAUGUGUAGGAGCCAAAGGGGAGAAUUAACAAUCAGAUCUUUGAGUCUGCAAAGAUAUGCAUGACUAGACAAUUAUUUUAAUGACGAAAACUAUUAACUCAAGUGGUUCCCUGCUGUAAUUUGAAGUAUCUAGGGUUACUAAUUAAAGGCUUUUCUGAUUCCACACCUGUGCAGCUGACUCAGCAAGAAAAAUGUGCUCUUGGCUCAGAGAAAAACAUUAUGGUAAGAGAUGUAAUAUAUUAAUUAAUAAAAAUAAAUUCUAAAUUCAUAUAAUCAGCAAUUGUUAUUAAUCAAAGCAGCAUUUUUUGGCAUGAUAAUCAGGUAUUUAAAUAUCUCAAGUUGUGGUUGAUUAGAUUACAGUUCGAAGGCCAAAGGAAUUUUGUUUUCAUUCCUACUAAUACAUUUCUUAUGAAAACCAUGCAGAAAUGAAAAAAGUUCAUUUGAAAAUGUUGUUUCUUAAUAAUAUUUUUCCUUGUCAAAGGGAAAACUCUUGCCUAUAUGAUGUUUUGAAAGCCUUAGGGUUUUAAACCAAUCUAAUUCUUUUUAAUUCCAUUUGCACAGCUUGUUCUCACUCAAAUGGAAAAACAUCCGAAUGAUUUCAACAUUCAAAGAGCAGCUAUGUAAGUUAUAAUAUCCAUGAAGAUUGAUAAUAUUCAUCAACAUGUAUAGUUAGGAUUAUUAUUCAAAAUAAAACAAUUUUGUUUUUUAUAAAAAACAAAUUUUAAAAACAUUUUGAUUAUUAUUUUUAAAACAAAGUUUUGACCCUAUUAUAUAAACAUGGAUGUUCUUUCGAAUUCAGAUUUUUUGUAGGUAACAUUGUCAUGGCAAGAGGAGGAGAAGCAGACCCAGAAGUGCAUCCUCAUUUCUUAAGGUAAAUUCUCACUGAAUACAUGAUUAAGUAUGUUUGAAAUACUUCCAAAGUGGUAUUAGAGGGCUGGUGUUGUCAAGCAACAAAACAUAGCAACAGCAGUGUCUUGGCUACCAGGUGGUCACCCUGGCAAUCAAGCUACAGCCCACCUUUACGCACCUAUCAACACAACACAAAAAAUACCAGUGUGUUAAAUGGUUACUUACUCAAAAGUUGGCCGUUGGGAGGGGUGGGAAAGGAAGGGGAGAAGUGCAAACCUUCCAUGCCCCGCUGCUACAUGUCAUUGGUUAAACCACUGCCUUGACAACCUGAGGUAGAAAAGUGGUUAAUUUUCACUUUUAUUAUUUGAGUAGUUAAAAGUUAACAAUUAGUCAGAAUCUUUUGAAGUUAACAUGCUGUUUGUGCAAGUUAUGCCCCUAACUUGCUUACUCUGAUGACAGAAUGAUUCAAUGUGAUUAUCUUUAGAUAUCUUCUGAUUGACUUUUCAGUAAACUUGCAUCUUUGGUUCUAUCAGCAAUGAAAACCUUUCCAAAAAAGCAUCUGGUAAGAAUUUGCAUUAUUCAUGAUAAAUGAAUCAAGGAAAACAGUAAUCUACCAUCAAAGACUCUCUAUUAUGUUUUGAUUCUGCUUGAUCUUAUGAUAAAAUGACAGAACAAUGAAACAUCAGAAAAUAACCAGAGCAGAAUUAAUGUAUUCAUCGACUGAGCACAAGGAACAGACAGGAAAUUCUUACAUAGCCUCAUGCUAAUAUUUUCCAGGUCUGCCUAAUCUAACUCAAUCACUCAGUGUUUGUCAUGAGCACUGCCCCUUUUUCUUUCUUUCCAUAGCUUUUGCAGAAUUGUAUGUCAAUUUUGGAGUCAAACAAAGUUGUCACAAAAGCAGUAAGUAGAAAUGAUUCAAAUAUUGUAUAUUAUCUCCAGUGCAUUGAAGGAAUAGUGGCUCUAGAAUAUGGGCUGAAAAUUUAGGGCCACUAGAAACCGUUAAGAGAUGUAUGUCACCAAAUAGAGUUGGAAGCCAAUAACUUGAUUUUUACUUUGCAGGCAUUCAACUAUUUUGAAGCAUCAUGCUUGGCUAUGGAUGCUCUGUGCAAUUUCCAUGGUAACCAGGAUAUUUGUCGGCUGGCCAUACAGCUAUGUGCAAAACUGUGUCUUAAGGUAUCAUGGUAAAUUACACACAAAUCCUAAAAAAGUUGCACUUUUAGAGAAAUUCUUUGUCCAAUUUGGCACUCAAAUAUUGGAAAAGCAGGAGAAGCACUCAUUAUUCAAAGUGUCUGCAGUUACUAAUUCAGGGGGAAAUGCUAAUAAAAGUUUGGAUAAAUGCCAGUAUCUGAGCAAUUACACAACUACCCCUCCUCUAACCCAACAUUAACUUGACUUGUCAUCAGUUGGCUGUUGGUGGUUAGGGGAGGGGUAGGUGUGUAAUUGCUCAGAUACUGGCAUUGACCCAAAAUUUCAUUAGCAUUUCCCCUUGAAUUAGUACCUGCAGACAUUUUGAAUAAUAGGUGCUUCUCCUGCUUUAAUAUGCACUUCUUCCUUUUCCCCACCCCCUCUCUCUCUCUCUUUUCUUUUAAUUAAGUUACCUUGUUCACUGAAUUAGUAAACUCUUUCAUUCUCAGAAGUUAUUAUCAUGUAACUUCUUAUAAUAUCAAUUCAUUAUCCAGCAAACAGAUAACAAGAGUACUCAAACUUAUCUGGUAGAAGUUAUUUAUAUUGAUCUAACACCAAAUUCCUGUAUCUAAUUUUCAAGGAAAUGUGUAACAGCCAAAGGGGAGAAUUAAUAAUCAGAUUUUUGAGUCUGCAAAGACAUGCAUGUUUAGACAAUUAUUUUAAUUACUAAAACUGUUAACUUGAGUGGUUUCCUGCUGUAAUUUGAAGUAUCUGGGUUACUAAUUAAAAGCUUUUCUAAUUCCAUACCUGUGCAGCUGACUGAGCAAGAAAAAAAAAUUGCUUUUGGCUCAGAGAAAAACAUUAUGGUAAGAGGCGUAACAUAUUAAUCAAUAAUAUAUAGAUUUAGCUAAGCCUAUAAAAGCGGAGCUCGCAUUUUUUUUCCCGCAUGUCUCAAGGGCACAACACCUUGCCCUGGCCAGGACUAGAACCCAUGUUGUCCAACUCGGAGCCCAGUGCACAGACCAUUGGACUACUGGACAAAGCCGUGGCAUUGACAUUCCCGCAGUACAGUUGACCACACAUGUUAAAAGUAGCACCUUGUACAGUCGUACAUCCAAAUUUUUUCGGCUUGAUGGGUUACUACUAUUUUGCAUAAUUAUGGGGCUACACUUUGUGAGCUCCGCUAAAAAUAAAUUCUAAAUUCAUUUAAUUAGUGAUUGUUAUUAAUCAAAGCAGCAUUUUUUGACGUAAUAAUCAUGCAGGUACUUAAAUAUCUCAAGUUGUGGUUGAUUAAAUUACAGUUCAAAGGCCGAAGGAAUUUUGUUUUCAUUCCUAUACUAAUACAUUUCUUAUGAAAACCCUGCAGAAGUGAAAAAAGUUCAUUUGAAAAUGUUGUUUCUUAAUUGAAUUUUUCCUUGUCAAAGAGAAAACUCUUGCCUACAUGAUGUUCUGAAAGCCUUAGGGUUUUAAAUUAAUCUAAUUCUUUUUAAUUCCAUUUGCACAGCUUGUUCUCACUCAAAUGGAAAAACAUCCAGAUAAUUUCAUCAUUCAAGUAGCAGCUAUGUAAGUUAUAACAUUUAUGAAGAUUGAUAAUAUUCAAUAAGAUGUAUAAUUAAGAUAAUCAUUGAAAAUAAAACAAUUUUGUUUUUUAUGAAAACAAAUUUUAAAAACAUUUUGAUUAUUAUUUUUAAAACAAAGUUUUGACCCUAUUAUAUAAACGUUACAAGUUACAAACAUCUUUGGGAUGUUCUUUUGAAUUCAGAGCUUGUGUAUUUAACAACAUCAUGGUAAGAGGAGGGGAAGCAAACCCAGAAGUGCAUCCUCAUUUCUUAAGGUAAAAUUAUUACUGAAUACAUGAUUAAAUGUGUUUAAAACACUCCAAAAGUGGUAUUAGAGGGCUUGUGUUGUCAAGCAACAAAACAUAGCAAUAGUUUUCUUGGCAACCAGGUGGUCACCUUGGCAAUCAAGCCACAGCCCACCUUUACGCACCUAUCAACACAACACAAAAAAAUACCUGUGUGUUAAAUGGUUACUUAUUAAAAAGUUGGCAGUUGGGAGUGGGGGGGGGGAGAAGUGUAAACCUUCCAUGCCCCCCUGCUACAUCUCAUUGGUUAAACCACUGCCUUAACAACCUGAGGUAGAAAGGUGGUUAAUUUUCAUUUUUAUUAUUUGAUUAGUUAAAAGUUAAUAAUUCAUCAGAAUCUUAAAGUUAACAUGCUCUUUGUGCAAGUUAUCUUCUGUUGGAUUUUUCAGUGAAGUUGCACCUUUGGUUCUAUCAGCAAUGACAACUUUUCCAGAGGAGUAUUGUGUAAGAAUUUGCUUUAUUUUUGAUAAAUGAAUCAAGACAAACAGUAAUCUACCAUCAAAGACUCUCUAUUAUGUUUUGAUUCUGCUUGAUCUUAUGACAAAAUGACAGAAGAACAAUGAAACAUCAGAAAGUAAUCAGAGUAGAAUUAAUGUAUUCAUCGACUGAGCACAAGGAACAGACAGGAAAUUCUUACAUAGCCUCGAUGCCAAUAUUUUCCAGGUUUGCCUAAUCUAACUCAAUCACUCAGUGUUUGUCAUGAGCACUGCCCUUUUUUCUCCAUUUUUUUCCUUAUGGCGGACUGUAUGUUAAUUUUGGGGUCAAAACAAGUUGUCACAAAAGCAGUAAGUAGAAAUGAUUCAAAUAUUGUAUAUUAUCUCCAGUGCAUUGAAUGAAUAGUGGCUCUAGAAUAUGGGCUGAAAAUUUAGGGCAGUAAUUGUCAAGAGAUGUAUGUCGCCAAAUAGAGUAAGAAACCAAUAACUUGAUUUUUACUUUGCAGACAUUCAAAUACUUUGAAGCAUCAUGUUUGGCUAUAGAUGCUCUGUGCAAUUUCCAUGGUAACCAGGAUAUUUGUCAGCGGGCUAUAGAGCUAUGUGCAAGUCUGUGUGCUAAGGUAUUGCAGGACAGUACAAACAAAUCCCCCAAAAAAUGCAUUUUUUGGACAGAUUCUUUGCUCAAUUGGACACUCAAAUAUUGGAAAAGCAGGAGAAGCACCCAUUAUUCAAGAUGUUUGCAGGAACUAAUUAAAGGGAAAUGCUAAUGAAAGUUUGGAUAGAUGCUAGAAUCUGAGCAACUCCACACCUACCCCUCCCCUAACUCAACAUGAACCCCUAACUUGUCAUCAGUUGACUGUUGCAGUUUUUCCAGAUUCUGGCAUUGAUUCAAACUUUCAUUAGCACUUCCCCUUGAAUUAGUGCCUACAAACAUCUUGAAUAAUGAGUGCUUCAUAAUCCAGCAAACAGUUAACAAGAAUACUCAAACUUAUCUGCAUGGUAGAAGUUCUUUAUCUUGAUCCAACACCAAAUUCCUACAUCUAAUUUACAAGGAAAAGUGUAGCAGCCAAAGGGGAGAAUUAACAAUCAGAUCUUUGAGUCUAUGAAGACAUGCAUGUCUGGACGAUUAUUUUAAUUAUUAAAACUAUUGGUUUAAGUGGUUCCCUGUUGUAAUUUGAAGUAAGUAUCUGGGUAAAACUAAUUGAAGGCUUUUCUAAUUCAUACCUGUGCAGCUUACCGAGGAAGAAAAACUUGCUCUUGGCUCAGAGAAAAACAUUAUGGUAAGAGACAUAACAUAUUAAUCAAUAAAAAUCAAUUUUAAAUUCAUUUAGCGAUUGUUAUUAUAUCAAAGCAGCAUUUUUUGGCAUGAUAAUCAAUUAUUUAAAUAUCUCAAGUUGUGGUUGAUUAAAUGUGUCUUCCAAUUAUAAACUAGGUCUUUACUAAUCAUGCAGUUCAUUUUAAAAAUACAGACCAUGUUUAAUAUUAUUCAAGAAAAGAUCAGUGCAAGACAGGUAUGGAUCAGAUAGAAUUUGCAACACUAUAAUGAAAUGAUUUCAUAAUACAAAUGUCAUUUUUUUUAAUGGAGCAAGCAGAUUAAAGAAAGAUUAGGUUAGGCCUUGUGCACUCAGGGUCAUCACCAUUUUGGUUUAUUGCUGUAUGAUAUUGUUGCAAUGCCUUUGAGCAGAAUUUUUUUCAGUUUAAGAGAUAUGAUCAUCACAAUAAAGGAACACAAAGCUAGCACGUUUUCUAGAAAUAGAAAACAUGGGAAAGCCAAGACUUGAAUUAAGUUAAACAUUUUUUUAAGGUUACUUGAUCUGACUGUCAAUUCAAAUUAGCUGCUUUCAUAAUUAUAAUUAUAUUUUCUCAUUUUCUUUAUCUCAGUUGACUUGUGAUAAUUUUAUCCAAGAUUGUUAUAACCAAUAAUUGUCCUUUUAAGAAAUUGUUCUCUACCUUUUCAUCAUCAAUAAUUAUUAAUGAUAUUUUAGAUUGCUUUAUGCAGUCUUUUUUUUUUUCUAGGAGGAUCUCACAUUGAGUAAUGCAUUUACUGUUCUAGAGAUAUUAACUGGUAUGCAAUGUUUUAAUAUCUUUGCAAAAUUUUACUUUGAAAAGAGAUUUAUGAAGAAAAAAGUUUGCAAUUGCAUGUAGCUGGUUGAGCUAAACUCAGGGUGUUUAAGCAAAGUCUUUUGUCAUUCACUAUGACAAAGGGCUAACACUUUAUAGUGGCCAAUUUACAUUAUUAACCCUGUUGGAAUAGUAAAUUACUACAGUUUCUUUAGAACUUACUCCCUUCACUUGAGCUAAACUCAGUUUUCAGCCCAAGGAGUGACCAGGAGACUGGUUGUCCAAGUAGAUAGGAUGUUGGCUCAUUGCAAGUUACCCACCCACCCCACCCUCCCCUGCCAUUUCAUCUUUUUCUGAUAGUUUUUGCAAGGAAUUAUGAUAUUAGAGUUCAGCGCCUUUCCCUAGAAUACAAUACAAUGACCCUUUCCCGAGUUCAGCAAACCAGGAGUAAGGCUCUUUCCAUGAGCUGUCCAGAUAAAAAAAAUAGUUCUUUCUGACAUUUACAGAUGAGAUACCGAGCACUUGUUCUCUGUUUGUUGAGAAAGGAGGUUUUCAAUUGAUGGUGCAAGGCCUGAAGGUAUACAAGAACAUUCUUUUCUAGAAACUGUCAAGUAAAUUCAAACAAACUUCCAGGAGGCUGUGUGGCUGAGUGGUUAGGGUGCUGGACUUGUAAUCUGGUGGUCUCAAGUUGAACUCCUCAGCUGUGCUGUGUAAAUAGCCAACUGGUCAGCCUCCUGGCAGUCAUAGUAAAGCGCUAUUGGAUAGCAAUAGAAAUAGCUAAAUAUAGUCAACCAUACGGUGUCAAACAGCAACAGCACAACAGAGUGAGUGUUGUUAAGUAAAUAUGUUUAAGGUUUCACAGCUCCCACACAUCUGGUGUCAAUGAAACUGGGAUCAGACGGGAUCAGAUCAUGGACCAGAUCAGGUCAUGGAUCACAUCACAGAUUGAAAAAAGAAAAUUUUUGAAAAGUGUAAAAAUCAAACUAUUUACAAAAUAAUAAUACUUAAAAUAUAAGAUUAAAAAACUUAAAAUAUGUCAAUUGAAAUUAGAAAUGUUGCAUGACAAGCACCAAAAUAAAGUCUGCAUGGUCCCACUGGAAGUUCGUGUCUGUGAUCCAAUGCAUUCCAAUUCAGAUUUUGUUGAUGCCACCACACACUUACCCAGGUGCUAACCAUAGAUAUAGUGUUGCCAAAUAUAGUAUGGUCUUACUUCUUAAUGGUGCAGUUACAGUCAACAAUUUUAUGUUUAAUCUGAUACAUUAUAAAAUCAACUCUAGCUGUUCAGAGAAGGAAGCCAAGCCAUUAUCAAAAUGAAGCUUCUUUUAACACUGGUAAGCCACCAAGAAAAGCCUUAAUUAAGCACAGGUCCACCACAAGGCUAAACAACUGUGCUCCAAGUUCAACAUUGACUCUAAAGUCAUUGUGUAUAUGGUUUCCAGAGAUCAGAUUUAAGUCUUCUGUGAUGGACAGUUAGAAAAAAAUAGAAAUGGGAAGCUCAAUAUCAUGCACCAGGAAAGAAAAGUCAAUGACAGAGCAUUUAAUAACAUUUCAUGUCUUAGUUAAUCUCACUUUAACUUAGGAACCUAUAAGCAAUAACAAAUGAAUAACUACAAAAUCUGAACAAUUACAAGCAGAAAUCAGUCAACAGCCCAAAGCAAGUAAAUUCAUAUUGAUCCUUGUUAUUUUGUGUUUCAGAACAUUAUAGCUGAGAUUCCAAGUCUGAGGCACUUAUUCAUCACAGAUGAAUUGAUGAAUCUUAUUGGGUAAUGUCUUUUUCUGUUUGUCAAAUAAGGUUUUUUUUUUUAGUUAGGAAUAUUGAGUUUGUUUGCAACAAAUUUGGGCAGCUUUGAAUCUACACAUCAAGUGAUUUUCAAAGCUUUGCAACAAGGUCAAAUUCAGCAAGUGAGACUGAAGGGCACAUGAAGCUAAUUAAAAAUUAAGUUAAUAAGUGUUUUUGAGAGCAUGAGGCAGUUAAAGUAGGGCUGCUAUGUUAACAUUUUUAAUCAAGAUAUGUUUUAAUUAACUUGUGGAAAAGUAUUUAGUCCAGAGCAUUUAAUCAAAAUUGUUCUUUGAGGAAACAAAUAAAAAUGUGUUUAUUAUUAAUCCAACAAAUGAUAAUUAUUAUUAAUAAAUAAAAAAAUCAGUCUUCAGCCAUGGACCUAAUGUGAAGCUUAAUUCUUGUCUUGCGUAGGUCUCUCCUGGAUGAUGGGCUUCUCCAGUUGUCCUAUUUUUGUGGUGGAAUUUUGUCCAACAUUAUGCUGGAGUGGUCUGAUGAUAGAAAGCUACAGUCGUACAGCAAACAGUAUUUACUUGAUAAGCUGGUAGAUAUUAGUCGUCUUACUUUGGGGCAUGGUUGCAAAUAACUAUUAAUAGUAGGCUUUGAAUACUCUUCUGUAACAAAUUCAUCUUUGGGUUGACAUUUUUUCAUUGUUUUUUUUUCUAAAUAUGAGGCAAAGCUGAUCAAAUUUUAUAUUGACAGUUACUUUGAAAAUCAGAAAAUUAUACCAUCAGUCCCAUGAACAAGUAAAUCUGGAUGUCAUUUCUGUAAAAGUGAAGAGAUUUUGUACAUUUUGUUGUGAUACAAACAUUUUUAAAAUUGUGAGUCCAUUUAAGUGACUUCACUUCUUGAGCGGGGACUAGAAUGGAGCAAUUGGAAUUAGGGAAAUGGGGCUGGGGACAUGAUCUAAAAACAACACCUCCUGGUGUAAAAUUUUUUUCACUCAAAUAUCUCAGGUUUAAAAAUUUGCCCCCACCCCUCACCUCUCUUAACCCUCAACACCCUAACAUCAUUAUGCAUAUUCUCCAUACUGUUCUCCAUAAAUUUCUUAAGGUGGUAGGAGGAGAACUUGUCUAAUAAUCAAGAGCCACUUUAAUUGGUGAUCAGUUCCUUUAUUCUUGUGACCUUAAUGUGUGAUUGGGAGGAAAUAUUGUAAGGAGAAAUUAGAUGAUAAUCACUCUUGUGACAGCAACAGUGUUGAGGUAAAAAUGUUGCAUUUUUCUCUUUAUCAGGAACAAGCUGUGAACCGAUGGGAAUUUCCUGCAGACCAGUUUGUUACUUAUAAGUUUGUAUAUCUUUUUGCAAAGUUAUCUUUAUCAAGUACUGGUUAUUUUUUUAUCUUUUCAUGAAUAGAAAAAAGACAAAAAAAAUUGUACAAGCCAUAGGGCAAGUGCAGUUUGUAGUCUUCAAAAAAAUUUCAAGUGCUUAUUUAAACUAAACUGCAUGAGAAAUCUUGUUGUUACCUAUUAAUAAUUUACGAGAAAAAAAAAAGCAUCACAGAAGGUCCAGUUGGGUGAAAAUUUGACAGUGCACAUGCUAUUUUUAAUUUGCACUCAUGACAUGAAAAAAAUGCACCUGUUUUCAGCCAAUUAGACAUGCAUAAUUUUUAUGUAUCUUAUAGCAGAUCAAAAAAUUGAUUCUUACAGUCUCCUGUGAAGCACUAGUUCGAACACUGUUGAAGUUUGUAUACAAUAAUAUUAAAAUUGUAACCCUUUUCCCUUUUUUCUGUUAGGUCAUUCAGAUCUUUUGUCCCUCUCCUCCAGUGUGCUAUGCCUGCUGUGCAGCUGUGGGCUUUGUGGGGUAUCAUAAAUGUCUUCACCAGUGACAGUAAGCACCUCUUGAUCUCAAAUGUUUGAACAGUGCCUUGGCUAAUUAAAAACUCAUACAGGAUGAUGCAUUUGAUUUUUGUAAGGCUGAGCUUAGAUAGAAACCUCUAUUUGACCCCAUUGAUGUUGCUGACAUAAAUUCCAACCCCCAGUGCAUUCCUUUCUGUGCAGGGAAGGCAGGGUAUCUUGAAGUUUGCUCAAUUGCUCUUGUAGUACAUAGCAAGCAAAUUUAGCAAUGAUCAUCCUAAAAUUCUAGCCUGAUGUACACUCAAGAUUUAGGAGCUGGUCUUGUUUAUGGUAGACAACUGUCUCUAUUUAUUGAAUUUGGGACUCAAACAUGUACACCUUUCUCAUAUGAACAUGGAAAAGUUUAACCCUUUGACCUGCAGUUUCUCCCCACAAUAUCAUCCCUGAGUCACAUGUAAAGGUCAUGAGAAGAAAGGAAAUGAUCACCAGCAUGAAACUUUUAGCAAAAUUUUUCAAGAUUUGUAAGCUGUGUUGUAGUCCCAUCAUUAAGAUUACUUACUCAUGGUAAUGUGAUGAUCAGGAGCUAAAUUAACAGACAAGCGACUCACCACAAAACUUAUCUUUUUUUGCAGUGCAACGUUAUGCCCCUCUGCUUAUAGAUGUCUCCGGGAUAUUGUUCGGAGAGUAUUAACAACAUCACACAAUGGAGUCAGAGAGCUGGCACAGAAGCUUUCAGAUACUGUGGCUAAUUCUUAGCCAAGUUAGAAAAAUAUUAACUGCUAAUUCUUUUAAAGAGACUUUCAAUGACAACCUAAUAAUAUUUGACUAGGAUUAAGUUCACUUUUUGAAGCUUAAAAAGCAGUAUUUUCAAUACAAUAUUCUCUUCAAAUGCCUUUCGCAGGUCUUUGUGAAAUUUUACAGGCAGGAUUUGUGACUAAAUGUGGAAUAAAUAAUUUCAGGGUGCUGUCCUUGGUUACAGUUUUGUUUUAUUUGUUAUAUUCAAACCAAGCUUUUGGUGAUCU